AUGAGUGACACUGAACCGUUUAGUAGUGGCUCGUCAGAUAUUUACCAGCCGCCUGUCUACAAGUCAUGUUCAACCAGUUCAGAUGAUGAUGGAAGCGAUGUUGGUUUGUUAACAUUUCAAAACCAAACUAAUGAGGCGAACGAUAAAGGUAUGAAUAUUUUGGAUGAAUUUAAUAUAGAUAAUCCAUGCCCAUCGACGAGUGGCAUAGCGCCGAAAAAAAGAAAAUCCGCGAAUCCAUCACAAUGGAAACGGAAUGUAAUAAAGAAGUCUAUUGUUACUGGAAAGGGCUAUUUAAACUAUAAAGGCCGUGAAAUAGGCGAAAGAAAAACUGGACCGGAUUGUUGUUGUAAGAAGUAUAAGUGUUUUGUUAAAAUUAAUGAAGAAGAUAGGAAACUAAUAUUGGAAAAUUUUAAUAAAUUGGAAGAAACCUAUGUGCAAAACGUAUACUUAGGCGGUUUAAUUAAAACUGAGAAUGUUGAAAGGGAAAGAUCUAAAACUGGUACGGGGAAGAAACGGAGUUGUUCACACAAAUAUUAUAUUAAAUUAGGAAAUAGAAAUAUACAAAUUUGCAGAAAUGGCUUUGCAUCUAUCCAUGGAAUAUCCAAAAAGCGUGUAGACAAUGUUGCUAAAGAGUAUCAGGAUCCUACUGUAACUAAACCAGCUCAGUCUAAUCGUGGAAAACAUCACAAUUGCUGA